GAAAUUAACAUCUAAAGUUUACUCAUUGGCAUGGAUGGGAUUAAGUGUUAUUAUCUCCCCUUUGCUCUUUGCAUUUGAGGGCCCUGAGAAGACAAAGCCAAGCUCACCAGGUGUUCUCACAGCAUCAUCCCAACCCAGACCAGGCUCCUCCAAUGUCUUCCCUAAACUCCGAUGCUCAGAGGAGGGCAGGAACUAUGACCUUCUCACAGUGGGGUCACCAACAUUUUGGACUUGACCUGACACUGUAGGCAGCUGCACCUAUUUGAUGAAUGAGUGAAUGAACAAAUUGUGUCUGGGAUCCUUUCAGGUGAUCAUGGGAGGACGGAAGAUGCCAAGAGAUGAAGAAAAUGCCUAUGGUUUCCCGGAGUUCAGGUCCGCCCCGCAGGAGCGCAGGCUGCGCCUCCUCCUGGUUGGGAGGUCGGGGACCGGGAAGAGCGCCACAGGCAACAGCAUCCUCCAGCGGAAGCACUUCCUCUCCAGGCUCGCGGCCACGGCGGUGACCCGGGCCUGCGCCACGGGGAGCUGCCGCUGGGCCUCGUGGGACGUGGAUAUCCUCGACACCCCUGACCUCUUCAGCCCCGAGGUCGCCCAGGCAGACCCGGGCUUCGAGGAGAGAGCCCGCUGCUACCUGCUGUCAGCCCCGGGGCCCCACGCCGUGCUCCUGGUGACCCAGCUCGGCCGAUUCACCGCCCAGGACCUGCGGGCCUGGCGCGGGGUGAAGGCGCUCUUCGGGGCGGACAUCGCGGCGCGCGCCGUCGUGAUCUUCACCCGCAGGGAGGACCUGGCGCGGGGCUCGCUGCAGCAGUACGUGCGCGACACCGACAACAGCGCCCUCCGGGAGCUGGUGGCCGAGUGCGGGGGCCGCUGCUGCGCCUUCGACAACCGAGCGGCCGACGGGGAGCGCGAGGCGCAGGUCGGCGAGCUGAUGGGGCUGGUGGAGGAGCUGGUGCGGGACCACGGCGGCGCCCCCUACACCAACGAAGUGUACCGCCUGGCUCAGACCCUGGGCGGGCUGAGCCCCGAGGAGAGGCUGCUCAGGGUGGCGGAGCGACUGGCCGCCCGCACGCCGACGUGGCCGCGGCGCUGGCCUCUGGCCGGGCUGUGGCGGUGGCCCAAGGCGGCGCCGGGGACCCGGUGUAAGCUGGGCCUGGCCGCCCUGAUGGGCGCCCUGUUCCUGCUGUACCUGCUCUGCAGGCGCCGGCCCGAGGCGAUGACUGCGUGACCUUCAGUCUCGCAGGUCACCUGGCAAGAAAGGCCCUGAACACUUGGAUCUGAAGGGGGAUUUCAAAGGAAUCAGAGUUUUCAUAAAUUUCAU